CGGCGAUUUCGGAGAUGGUUGGGUCGGUGGACCCUGAAUCGCCUCUGUACAACAUGAAGCGGGAGUUCGUGAACAGCCUUCUGAAGUGCAUCGCAGACCGUGACCACUUCGCCGUCAAGGAGGACUACUAUCCUCUCCUGAAGUCUGACAUCCGCAAGGAAUACCAGCCGAUGGCAAACAGGACCUUGCAGACGCUGGCGGGCAACACGCUGCCCACGAUAGGGGAGGCUGGCUUCGGGAAGACGCCGUUCAUGUAUAUCCUCGCCAUGGCGACUGCGAGGCACAAUGCAGACGUCGCUAAUGAACUCCGCCCAGGUCGUGCCACGGCUGCUGUUCGGGUUUCCGCAGAGAUGGACUUCUUCCGCGGGGAGGUCGGGGAGCCUUGGGCGCCGUGCAUCUUCGAUGACGGCGACCCCGCGGAUCAGCGGCCUCGCGUCCUCAAGGCUUUCUUUGACCCCGCGCAGGCUGAGGCCAUGACCUACGCGCGCUGGGGGGCCGCGAAGUUCGUGCGCGGCCAAGCGAGGUUUGGCGGGGGCAACGAGUGCAAUUCGAACGCUGCGCCAACUGCCGAGCUGUGGGCGUUCGCGGCGACGCCACCCGAUGCUGCGAAGCGGGCUACUGGCAUCUUGGUGGACACGAUUCGGCCCGCCUUCCCAAAGGGCAUGUCCGAGAGCAACGUGGGGGCCAUGCUCGAGCGGUGCAAUGUCGCCCUCAACACAAAGGAAGAUUUCUUCUUCAGGCCCGCUGGCAAGGACUCGGUCGCUGAGAAGCUGUCCCUCAUGAGCAGCUACAUCACGGCCGAGGAGGAGUGCGACAGGCUCCUCGCCUUCGAGAAGAAGGAGGUGCUCAAGCUCAUGGCUGCGUCGCGCGCAGCAGCGGGCGCGGGCGACGGUGGCGAGGAUGGCGCCGACGGCGCCGCCGCCGCCGCGAGCAGCGCCCCAGCCGGCGCCGCGGCGCCGCGGGAGGCAGGCGCGGCGGGCGGCGUGGAGACCGCGCCCAACGACGGCGGGAUGUCCGACCGCGGCGGCGGCGCCGACGCGUGGGCCGACCCCGCGGACGAGGAGGACGUGUUCGGCUUCGGCGGCGACAUGCGGGG